AUGGAUCCAGAAAAAGUUGAUGCAAUGAUCAAAUGGCCAAAACCCACAACUGUAAAGGCCCUUCUCGGGUUUUUAGGAUUGAUGGGAUAUUAUCAUAAAUUCAUUCAAAAUUAUGGUAAAAUUUCAGCCCUGUUAACAAACAUGUUGAAGAAGAAUGGAUUCCAAUGGGAUACUCGAUCAGAAGCUUCAUUUGAGCAACUCAAGAUUGCCAUGAAAAAGGCACCAGUGUUGGCUUUGCCCGAGCUUUCAAAGUCUUUCGUCAUUGAGUGCGAUGCAUUAGGGACAGGAAUUGGUGGAGUUUUAAUGCAAGAAAAGUGCCCAAUUGCUUUUUUCAGUCAAGCCUUGCGAGUUUGUGACAGAGAUCCAGUUUUCACAAGCACAUUUUGGGAGGAACUACUCCAUCUACAAGGGACAAGUUUUAAUUUCUUCUCGUCUUGUCAUCUGCAAACUAACGACCAAACCGAAGUGGUGAAUCGGACAGUGGAAAUGUACUUGCGUUGUUUUACUGGAGACAAGCCAAAGGAAUGGGUUCGUUGGAUUACUUGGGCGGAGUAUUGUUAUAACAGGAGUGUCCACAGCUCAACGAAGAAGACUCCAUUCGAGAUUGUUUAUGUACGUCCUCCACCAACUCUAUUAUCUUAUGUGCCUGGUACAACUCAAGUAGAGGCAGUUGACAAGGAAUUAUGUGCUCAUGAUCAAGUACUUAAAGAACUGAAGGAUCAAUUGUUAAUUGCCCAAAAUCGCAUGAAGAGAUUUUAUGAUGUGGGACAAACUGGCAAGAGUUUUAAAGUAGGGGACUUGUGUACUUACGUCUCCAACCAUAUAAGCAAGUUUCAAUUUCACUUAGAAGAAACCUUAAACUAUCUCCAAGGUCUUGUAAGUGGGUAUUUGCUAGAUUUUAAACUUGAGACAGCUGAAAGGGCAGGGCCAAGGAUUUGUUUAGGGAAGGAGAUGGCAUUUUUGCAAAUGAAGAGAGUAGUAAGUGUGGUUUUGAAGAGGUUUAAGGCGGUACCGGUGAUGGAGGAGGGCGUUGAACCAAAGUUUGUGGCGCAGUUGACAGCGAAGAUGAAAGGUGGAUUUCCGGUCAAGAUUGAGGAUAGGACUAAGUGA